ACAACCCGAAAAAAACUAAAAAAUAGUUAAAAAUUGAGUUAAAAAGCUUUUUUCGGGGUUAAUUUUCGAAGCAGGUGUUUCUGCAGAACGGCCUGCUCAUGAUGAAAAAGGACAAACAGAGCGAUCGCACUUUCAAACUUGCACAUCAGAUUCUCAGCUUGACCGGAAUCAGUUUCGAGCGGAAGAGCAUAAUUGGAUUUGUGGAAUUGACGAUUGUGCCGACGCGCGAGGGCUUGAGGACGAUAAGAUUGAAUGCGAAGCAAUGUAGGAUUUAUCGCGUUGUGCUAAAUGACACGUAUGAGGCGCCGUUUCAGUAUUUUGAUCCGUUUUUGGAUAUUUGUCAGGCGGAGCAGAAGUCACGAUCCAUUGAAACAUUCUCAAAAUGUCACAUUGCAGCAGCGCAAAAAGUCGAUCCCGACUUAAAUGGCGGUGAAUUGGUAAUAACUGUACCUCCCGAAGCUUUUCACUUAAUCGGCGAUGGUCGAGGACUUCGUAUCGGCAUUGAAUUCUCCCUCGAAAACCCAAAUGCCGGGAUGCAUUUCAUCGUUCCCGAAGGCGAAGGCACAAUGGUUGAACGUGCUGCUCACAUGUACACGCAAAAUUAUCAAAAUUCCUCGCGUCUUUGGUUCCCUUGCGUCGAUUCUUAUGCCGAGCCAUGCACUUGGAAGCUCGAAUUUACCGUCGAUGUCGACAUGAUUGCAAUUUCGUGCGGCGAACUCGUCGAUUCUGUGCUGACGCCCGACAUGCGACGCAAAACGUACCAUUAUGUCGUCAAUACGCCCGUUUGUGCCCCGAAUAUUGCCGUUGCUGUGGGUCCCUUUGAGGUUUACGUUGAUCCGCAAAUGCACGAAGUGACGCAUUUUUGCUUGCCGGGUCUCAUGCCGUUGCUCAAAAAUACCGUGAGAUACAUGCACGAAGCUUUUGAGUAUUACGAGGAGUUGCUGUCGACGCGUUUUCCGUAUCCGUGCUACAAACAGGUUUUCGUGGAUGAAGCUGAUUCGGAAGUUCAUGCGUAUGCGACGAUGACAGUUCUUUCGACGAAUUGCCUGCAUUCGAUCGCGAUAAUUGAUCAAACGUUCACGUCGCGGAAACAGAUGUCGAAAGCGAUUGCCGAGCAGUUUUUCGGGUGUUUUAUUACGAUGCAGAAUUGGUCAGAUACGUGGUUGGCAAAAGGCAUCGCCGAAUACCUCUGCGGCUUAUACUCAAAAAAAUGUUUCGGCAACAAUGCUUACCGCGAAUGGAUUCAAACCGAGCUGCACGAAGUCGUCAAAUACGAAGAACAGUACGGCGGAAUAAUACUCGAUUGCAGUACGCCUCCCGCCCCCUUACCCGUCGCUAAUAUCACAUCAAGUCCCGCACCCACAGCAAAAACUGUCGAAAACCAUCAUUACUUCCCCGUGCGAAACGUUCACACAAUUUCGCCCAAAUACCUCGAAAUAAUGCGAAAAAAAGCUCAUUUAGUGAUUCGCAUGUUGGAACAUCGCAUCGGGCAGGAAUUACUUCUGCAAGUCUUGAACAAACAACUUUCGCUCGCCACAAAUGCCGCUUCAACGAAAAUCGGGCAACGACUUUGGGGUCACUUACUGAUUUCGACAAAGACUUUUAAUACGGCGAUUUAUACCGUAACUGGCAAAGACAUGUCGGUUUUCGUGGAUCAAUGGGUUCGUACGGGAGGACAUGCGAAAUUUACACUGACUUCGGUUUUUAAUCGGAAACGGAACACAAUCGAGUUGGAAUUACGUCAAGAUUGCGUGAAUCAAAAAGGAGUGAGGAAAUAUGUCGGGCCUUUAUUAAUUCAGUUGCAAGAACUUGAUGGCACCUUCAAACAUACGCUCCAAAUCGAAAAUAACGUCGUGAAAGCCGACAUCACGUGUCACUCGAAAAGUCGCAGAAAUAAAAAGAAAAAAAUUCCGCUUUGCACGGGCGAAGAAGUCGACAUGGAUUUAUCGCAAAUGGACGAAUCCCCGGUUUUAUGGAUCAGAUUGGACCCGGAAAUGACUUUGAUGCGCGCUUCAACCAUCGAACAACCCGAUUUCCAAUGGCAAUUCCAACUCAGGCAUGAACGCGACGUCACGGCACAACUCGAAGCGAUCGCUGCUUUGGAAAAAUAUCCAUCCCCGGCAACCAGAAUUGCUUUGCAAGACACCAUUGAGAACGAGAAGAACUUUUACCGCGUCAGAUGUGAAGCUGCCUAUUGCAUGACGAAAGUAGCGAAUCAACUCGUAACUUCGUGGCAAGGUCCGCCGGCGAUGUUGACGUUAUUUAGGAAAUUUUUUGGAUCGUUUUCGGCGCCGCACAUCAUUAAGCAGAAUAAUUUCACGAAUUUUCAGCAUUAUUUCCUGCAAAAGACAAUUCCCGUGGCAAUGGCUAAUUUGAGGAAUUCGCAUGGAAUUUGCCCGCAAGAAGUUGUGAAAUUUUUGCUGGAUUUGUUCAAGUAUAAUGACAAUACGAAGAAUCAUUAUUCGGAUAAUUAUUAUAGGGCGGCGUUAGUUGAUGCGUUGGGGAAUUCAAUAACGCCGGUCGUGCAAAUGAUUCAGAGUAAUAAGACGAUUACGGGGGAGAAUUUGUCGAGUGAUACAAAGUUGAUCCUUGAAGAAGUCACGCGAAUCCUCAAUUUGGAAAAGUAUCUGCCUUCAUACAAAUACAGCGUUUCCGUUUCUUGUCUCAAAGUCAUCCGAAAGCUCCAAAAAUGUGGUCAUCUCCCCUCACUUCCGAAAAUUUAUCGAACAUACGCCGAAUACGGAAAUUUCAUCGAUCUUCGAAUUGCCGCCUUGGAAUGCCUCGUUGACUUCGUGAAAGUCGAUGGGCGAUGGGAAGACUUUGAUCAUCUCUUCCAAAUCAUCGAAACGGAUCCCGAUCCAGCAGUGCGUCAUGCUCUCGCUCGUCUAAUUAUCGAAAAUCCGCCCUUCGAACGCAGCCAUCAUCAUCGCUUGAACAAAGAGGAACUCGUCGAACGCAUUUGGAACAACAUGAAUUCCGCUUUUUCGAACAACACGGCGCUGCGAUGUGACAUGGUUGACCUUUAUUACGCGCUUUACGGCACAAAAUCACGUCCUUCGUGCUUGCCGAGCGAAAAUGACACCGUUUCGAAGUUAUAUCGUCCGCAAAAAGUUUCGACGCCGGAUCCGGGACUUGGAGUGACGCCAAUUGAAGCAACGGGCGACGAAGAAGACACGAAAAUUAAGACCGAGGAGGUUAUUGAGGAAACUGUCGUGCCCAUUGAUAAAGUGCAGGAAGUUGAAACGCCGAAAAAAAUGGAAAUUGAUGAACUGCAAGGAGCGGAUAUCAUUCCGUUAGAUGAUGCAGGGCAACAAAAUGUGGGACAACCGCCUGAGAAAAAACCGAAAAUGGAAUAUUUUUCGGAGAAUUCAGUGUCGUUGCCCGGAGUGACAGUGCCUCAAACAGGACAACAACCGACAGGGUUCGAGCCGGGAAUGUUUAUUCCAACGACGAGUGGCGGAGAUGUUUUGCAUAAGCAAAAGAGGGAAAAUACUGAGGAACGAGACAGUAGCGGAAAGGAUAAGCCCAAAAAGAAGAAAAAAGACAAGAAAAAGCACAAACACAAGCACAAGAAACACAAGAAAUCCUCCGCAGAUGAACGACCCAAAAUGGAAGGAGGUCUUUUUUGAACAAUUCCGUACCUUAAAUGAAAAUUUCCUCAAAGGCAAUGAGAAAAAUGAAACCCAACAACUAAUCAAAGGGCAUUUAUAUUUUAUUUUAUGACUUUAAAAUUAAAAAAAAAGAACAAA